AUGGAACGAGAUUGGGCAAAUUUAGAAGCACUUCCUCUUGGUUUAAUUCUUGACAAUUUAGAAGAAAAAAUUGAUCAUCUUUGGUUCAGUGUUGUCUGCAAAAAUUGGCAAUUAAUUGCAAAGCUCAACCAUCAAAAUCAUCAAUUCAAGAUGAACACAAUACCUAUGGUAAUGGUACCCCCAAAUGAUAGUCUUACCAACAAGAAUGGGUUGUUUGGAAUUCCAAACAAAAGAUUGUAUCCUUUUCAAUUUCAAUUAGGGCUAAUUAAACCUAAUCUCCAUCUUUGUGGUUCUAGCCAUGGUUGGCUUGCAUUGGUAGAUGAUUCUAGAUCUAUCAUAACACUCAUGAAUCCUUUUCAAAAUAUACCUUACAUUACUCUCCCACCACUCAAUAGGGUUUAUAAGGUUACUUUGUCUGCAGAUCCUAUAAAAAAUCCAAAUGAUUAUGUAGUUGCAGCCAUUCAUGGCAACAGUUGUGAUCUUGCAUUUAUUAAAAGUGGUCAAAAAAAUUGGACUUAUAUGGAGAUAUUGGAACCUUUUUUCAUUGAUGUAAUAUUUUAUAAAGGGUUAUUAUUUGCUAUAACUAUCCACCGCAAAAUUAUAUCGAUUAAUAUUUGUGGUUCAAAUAAUCUUUUGCCAAAUGUUAUUUUAGAAGAGAAGGUUGAGGAAGGUAUUUUUCAAGAUAAAUUUCUUGUGAAAUCGUUGAAUGAAGAAUUAUGGAUGGUGAAAAGGUGUGCCUUGCGUAGGAAUGUAUAUCAUGUAUACAAAUUGAAAUUAGACGCAAAAGGUGAAAAGCUUGAAGAAAUGUGUAAACUUAAGAGUUUGGGAGAUGAUAUUUUAUUUUUAGGACAAGGCGAUUCGAUUUCAGUUUCAGCGUCAUAUUUCUCAAAAUCGUUGCAAAGAGAUUCAAUUUAUUUUGCUGAUUUUUUGAAGAUCUAUAAUAUGAAGAACGGGAAAUCUAGAUGUCAUGGUCCGUAUGGAAAAUACACUUUUUGGAUUCUGCCACAUUUUCAAUGGGAUUGA